UGUGGGAGGUGGUCGGAUCCUAGCUAACCUUUCAUCCGAACGUAGAACUAGCUGGCUCUAAACUCCAACUUUAUGGAGGGGUUUGAACCGAAAAAAUAGUUUUCAACAAGAAAUGUAUCGCUGUUUUUGACAGAGUGCGGUGAACCAAAUGGGUCAUUGCAGUGCCCACGUCCUCCUGUUCAUGCUGCUGAAGAUCGUGCAGACAUCAGGCGAAGAUGGUGUCAUCGAGUGUGUGUGCGAGGGCAGCAGCUGCAUGGCAGAGCUGUGCCGCGGGGACCAGUGCUACACGUCCGUGACGCUGGGCGGCCCGGUGCCCACCUUCACCCGCAGCUGCCUGCAGGGCGCUGAGAAGCAGCGCAUGAUCUGCCACACGGCGGCCAACUACGUGGUGGAGUGCUGCGCCCUGCCCAUGUGCAACGCCAACACCAGCAUCGAGGCGCUACUCAGUCAACUCUCCACGGCCCCUGAGGCGGCGCCGGUGCGCUACUGCGUGGAGACGCUGGUGCUGCUGGUGCUGGGCCCGGUGGUGGUGCUGGCGCUGCUGUCGCUGCUGUCCGUGCUGGUGUGCCGGCGCCUGCACCGCGGCCGCCUGGAGAGGCUGCGCGAGUACGACCCCGAGCAGGGCGCCAUCGACGGCCUCAUCGCCUCCAACGUGGGAGACAGCACGCUGGCCGAUCUGUUGGACCACUCGUGCACGUCAGGCAGUGGCUCGGGCCUGCCGUUCCUGGUGCAGAGGACGGUGGCGCGGCAGAUCAGCCUGGUGGAGUGUGUGGGUAAAGGGCGCUACGGGGAGGUGUGGCGGGGCCAGUGGCAGGGUGAGAAUGUGGCGGUGAAGAUCUUCUCCUCACGCGAUGAGAAGUCCUGGUUCCGUGAGACCGAGAUCUACAACACGGUCUUGCUGCGUCACGAGAACAUCUUGGGUUUCAUGGCGUCGGACAUGACCUCGCGAAACUCCAGCACACAGCUGUGGCUGAUCACGCACUACCACGAGCACGGCUCGCUGUACGACUACCUGGGCCGGGUCGCCGUGGAGAUGGCCGACGGGCUGAACAUGGCGGCGUCGGUGGCCAGCGGCCUGGUGCACCUGCACACCGAGAUCUUCGGCACCGAGGGCAAGCCGGCCAUCGCCCACCGCGACCUCAAGAGCAAGAACAUCCUGGUCAGGAAGGACCUGCGGUGCUGCAUCGCCGACCUGGGUCUGGCUGUCACUCACUCUCAAUCAGACAAUCAGCUGGACAUGGGCAACAACCCUAAGGUGGGCACCAAGCGCUACAUGGCCCCCGAGGUGCUGGACGAGUCCAUCCAGACGGACUGCUUCGAUGCCUACAAGAGGGUGGACAUCUGGGCCUUUGGGCUGGUGCUGUGGGAGAUCGCCCGACGCACCAUCAGCAACGGUAUCGUGGAGGAGUACAAGCCUCCCUUCUACGACCUGGUCCCUAAUGACCCCAGCUUCGACGAGAUGCGCAAGGUGGUGUGUGUGGAGCAGCAGAGGCCCUUCAUCCCCAACCGCUGGUUCUCUGACCCGACGUUGUCUGCGCAGGUGAAGCUGAUGAAGGAGUGCUGGUAUCAGAACCCGUCGGCCCGCCUCACGGCCCUGCGCAUCAAAAAGACUCUGGACAAAAUCCACAGCACGCUGGAGAAGGGCAAGGCCGACUGCUGAGCCCGCGCACUGAGCGGAGUGGAGUGGAGAGGAGGAGGAGAAGGAGGGUCGUCGUGGCCCCGUCAUCUCACUGCUGUGCCCCCCCACCCCCCUCCCCACUCAUCACCAUCACCAGUGCUGGAGCAGAGCCCCCCACACACUGCGCGGCGCCGCACUGCACUGCCCUGCACACCGGAUCGACGGAACCGCCGGGAGAUCCACGUUACAUUGGUCACGCGCUCCCCACAGACGAGCUCUAGCGGUUCUGGAACACUGACGCGCCGCGCAGGAGCCCUCCGAACACCUCGCUGUGGCCUCACACCGCCUUGAGCAACUCAACACUUUUUGUUGUUGUUGUUGUUGUUGUUUGUCUCUGAUUCCUGUUCAAGUUUCUUUGUGUCGUUGAUCUGGAGUUGUUUUGGAUGUUUCGCUCCUCCGUCUCCAUCCUCGGUUGUUUCCCACGUUGCCCGGCUGCUGAGGUGGAACGGGCGCCGCCCUCAGAGAGUCUGGCGGGAGAGUCUGAGGAGAGCAGUUGCCUUCAGAGACUCGCCAGAGGACACCUGCCCUCACUGGAAGACCACGCUGCGCAGCAGUCACACAGAUACAGGCCCAGCCCCACCACCCAAUACAAUACAACCAAACCCAACCCAACCCAACCCAACCCCCCUCAAAAAGGACUUUUAAAUGACUCCGCACUUUUAACUCUACCAAAUAACAAGGUCAUCACAAUCACUGUUGAGCCUUGCCUUGAGAGGCCAUCUGAAGAAAAGAUGACUGUGGUUCUCCACCAUGUACAACCUUUCUCCCCUCCUGUACGACGCCCCCACCAACACCCAUCUGUCCCCGACCCCCCAACCUUACAUGCCCCAACACUGACUGAUGGAACUGAUGAAAGGCCCUGUGUCUUAAAGAGACACGUUGGACUGGUUUAGUGUGUGGAAACUGGCAUCGACCCGCCACCAUUUUGGCUCUAGCUGUGCAUUACUUUCACCACUGAGUGCAAAAGAAGCUGACUUGAGCAGAGAGGGCUCUUCACUUUUCUCCUGACGACAAUCAAGUGCUGCUCAAUCAGACUUUUUGAUAUUGUAUUAAUCUCAUGACAAAUCAUAUAAUUAUUGUUAUUAUUAUGACUAAUUAAGUGUCUAGUGGGGCCGCUUGGACAAGUGACAACACUGAACAUCACCACCCAGAGAACAACACUCAAAGGAACACUGAACAUAGGAAGAGCAUAUUUAUGUAUUCUGCUUUUUUAAAACAAGUGUUGUAGUUGCUGUGUGGGAUCUGUGUGGAAGGAGAAUCCCACUGGUAGUAUUGCAGGGACAUGAUGAACGGCUUCUGUUCAGGCUAUUUUUUGUUGUUGUUGUGCAAAUAGGUAUUUUAAAGAGGACUAAUUCUAGUGCAGGAGUAGGAAAACCACUACAACCUUUGAACUGUGAAUGCAAAGUUACCCGAGUAGCAAUGCCUAGGGAAAUACUAGCGAGAUCUAUGUUAAGCAAGAAGAAGAAAAACACAUUUGCCCCGAGGCACAUAACUUUUUAAAUGCUGUUGACAAUG